AUGAUCGUGAUUUACACCAUCUGGACAGUGGGAGCGGUCUUGUUACCUGGAAUGACAGUUUUGUUCGCUAAACCUGAUCAGGACACUUCUGAUUCCAUAAACUUUUAUGAUUUUUAUGACCUCAAUUUGUAUUAUUGGCAACAGGCUAUAUUAACGCACGUCAUGUUUAAUACUACAUUCUUUGCUACUGGAUGUUACAUCAUUGCAGUUGUUGUGUUUUUGGGCAAGAAGUAUCGUGGUGAAAGUGAAAGUAAGUUUUGAAAUUUUGCGAACUACUAUUAUACCUUAACCUAUAUUGCCCUACUUUACAUUAACCUAUAUUACCCUACUUUACCUAAACUUUUAGGUCGCAACCAAUUCCACAAACGCCUAUUCUUCUGUGGCCUUAUCAUAUCCUUUCCAACUUUAUUUUACGAUUUGGUCACCAAAUACCAUGGCGUUCCAUCCUAUCUUGUUCGACAUUUAACUGCGCGAACAGCUGGUAUUGUUGUGAAUGCUGUUGUGCCAAUCGCUUUGCUAAUUACCAGUCGGAUGGUUCGUAAUCGCUUCCAUCAGAUGUUUAAUCUUAACAAAAUCUUGCCACAGUUUUCGAGCUCAGCCCUUCCUCGAGGUUCUAUUCAGGUGUCUACAACUUAA